CCGGCUCAUGCGGGGUCGUCUUAGUUCAUGUUUUUGAUUUUUGGUUUUUUGUUUUUUUUUAAUUAUUAUUUACCCGGUUGAUAAAUAAAGGAGAUGAGGGGACUCCUGCCGUUUUACCGGGGCUUGUACACCCUGAGUAACCGUCAAGCCAGACGAAAAGCUGGGAUUGUCGGUUCUCGGUGCGGGUUUUGCGGAACUCAGUCUCAUAGCAAGCCACAGCCAAGCUUUGGGCUGUUGUUUGACAUUGAUGGCGUACUUGUUCGGGGAAGGAUGCCAAUCCCUGCUGCAAAAAAGGCAUUUGAGAAGUUGGUCGACUCUCAGGGACAAUUUGUGGUGCCAGUUGUUUUUGUCACAAAUGCAGGGAACUGCCUUCGACAAACAAAAGCAGACCAGCUCUCUCACAUCCUGGGAGUACCCAUCACACAAGAUCAAGUCAUCAUGUCCCAUAGUCCCCUGAGGAUGUUCAAGAAGUUCCAUGAUAAGUGUGUGCUGGUGUCAGGACAAGGACCAGUCUUGGAAAUUGCUAAAAAUGUGGGAUUUAAGAAUGUUGUCAGUAUUGAUAUGCUGAGGGAAUCCUACCCAUUGCUGGACAUGGUGGACCACAACAGGAGACCCAAGCUGCCGUCCAAUCCUGUGGGCAACCUUCCUAAGGUUGAAGCUGUGGUUCUGUUCGGGGAGCCGAUUCGAUGGGAGACCAACCUGCAGCUGAUAAUUGACGUUCUGUUGACCAAUGGUAACCUCGGCAGUGUUCACCAAACCCAAAAGAUGCCUCACCUCCCCCUGCUUGCCUGCAACAUGGACCUCAUGUGGAUGGCUGAGGCACAUUCUCCACGGUUUGGCCAUGGGACGUUCCUCGUGUGCCUAGAAAACAUCUAUAAGAAGAUAACCGGCAAAGACCUAAAGUAUGAGGCUCUCAUGGGAAAACCCAGUGAGCUGACCUAUCAUUUUGCAGAAUACCUCAUCAGAAGCCAGGCCAUGCAGCGGCAAUGGAAACUUCCCAUCACUUCCCUUUAUGCUAUAGGGGAUAACCUUAUGACUGACAUCUAUGGCGCCAAUUUAUACAACCGUUACCUGGAGGAGAGAGCUGCUAGACAGAACCCCAAAGCCAUUGCUAAGAUGGUGGCUGCCACAGGAUCCACCACUUCAGUGCCCCAGGAGGAGGAGCUCGACAGCCUGUGGGAGAGCGAGCUAGCGCUGCCCUCUGCAACUUCCUGUAAGUCUGUCCUAGUCUGCACAGGGGUCUACAACCCCAAAGCAGAGGUGCCGUCUGAUGCAAACCACUGCAUCAAAGAGACUGUGUUUCAUGGGCACCGGGACUUCAGAUUUGACCCUGCGCUGGUGGAACCAGGCCACAUUGUGCAGGAUGUGGCAGAAGCUGUUGACCUAAUCUUCGAGCAAGAGAAGUUUGUGCCUCAGUAGAGUUUUGAGCCAACAGGUUUUACGUGAUCAUAGGGGCCCUAGUAGAAGAGGUGUGGAGCAUUAAACUGGGUAUACCAUUUAAUGCAUAAACUUGGCGGAGCCUAACACUGUGGACAUUGUUUAACCACCUGACAGGGCAUUGAUAAAAUAUGGGUCAUCUUCUAAACUUUCAACAUUGAGACAAACUUUAGAGAGAGAAAAAUAAUCAUAUAACUGUUACCGUUAACUGCUCUUUUAUAUUGUUUUUGUGAUAGUCUUUAAUUACCUGUUUUUCGUUAAGAGAAGUGUAAGAACUGCCUUAUUUGACCCUACUAAGUAUUUUUUUAGAUGAUUGUAAUGUUUUAGAUUCUUACAAAUCCUAAAAUCAUCCUAUAUUUAUUACAAGAAUUGACCUGUGUUUUUAAGGAGCAUAGUCAGAUAACAUUUGACCUUUAUUCUCAAGGUGACUUUUUAUUAUCGCAUUUUUAGUCAUUUGUUUACCCAUUUAUCCUGGAAAAUCUAUGCAUGAAUAUAAGAGUAAUACUUGUACUGUAUAAACAACUGUUUGAUGUGCAA